UUUAGUAACGUCGCGCCGCGCAGCAUGUGCACCCAAACAGAGGCGUUUUCAGCGUUUUUGUGGUAAUAGUUACAGUAACAGGUUUUGUUCGCUGAUAUUUAAUUUUCGCCGUUAUGGAGGAUUUACCGGAAGAUUUGCGAUCCUUUCUACAGAAGCACCCUUGCUUUGAGCUCACAGACUCCUCGAAGAUCCGCUGCUCUCUGAACGCGCACGAGUUUCCGUGCAGCCUGGCCGAGCUGCAGCUCUUCACCGCCGGCAACAAAUACAAGAAACUCCGCGCUCAGGCCGACUUCGACUACAGCCGGUACGAGCCGCACAUCGUCAGCAGCACGAAACAGCCACACCAUCUCUUCUGUAAGCUGACGUUGCGUCACAUCAACCGCGUGCCGGAGCACGUUCUUCGUCACGUCGGCGGCCGGCGCUACAGGAGAGCUCUGGAGCAGUACGAGGAGUGCGUCCGGCGCGGCGUGGAGUUCGUUCCCGUGCAGCUCAAGCAGAAGAACAGACCCAAGGAGGCCGCAGGAAGUGAGCGGCGGCCCAGCAGGAAGCAGGACAGCGGCGUCUGGACCCCGAGCUCGAGCGGCGGCGAGGACAGCGACUCCUCGGACAGCAUGUCCGAUCUUUACCCACCGUCUUUGUUCAGCGUGAAGAAGCAGGACGGUGAGCAGGAAGAUGAUUUUCAGACCGAUGAUGAUGAUGAUGAUGAAGAGGUGUCUGAAAUGGAAGUAGAAAACCAUGUGCAGAAACGCAAAAAGGUCCAGUCUGCUGGGUUUACCAAGAAGUUUAAGAAGAACAAGAAGAGGAAGGGUUUUAAACAUGUUGGCAAAGUCAAUGGAAAAUAAUAAAGUUUGUAAUUCAUGGAAAAA